AUGAAGUUCACGCUGCCGGACGGCGUGUUCCCAGCCGUGCGGCUGUCCACGAGCCACCAGGACGCGCUGGUCGACGAGGCCGAUACGGUUGUGGACGAAACCAUCGCCGCGAACGAAGCUUUUCUGGCCCAUGGAGCGGCGCUCAAGAGCACCAAGUGGCGACUCGUUCGCGUGAAGGAGGGGCUGCAUGUGUACUGCCGACGACCGACGGCGUCCGACGACGGUCGCGUGGAGCCACUGUCUCCGUCCUCUGUAGCCGCCGAGAACAGCAUCCAGGAGCAAAUGCGGCGUCCAGGCGUGUCGCUCAUGGUGCUGCACGGAACCGUGGACGGAACGCUGGACGACUCAAUGUUUGGAGCGUUCGCGGCUACGGACCAGGCGUGGAAGUGGAGGAGUUCGCACGUGAACGACCGACUGGAUGAUGCCCGGAUUCUGGCAAAGGUUCGAGGACCUACGAAGCAAGACCCCUUCCGGUUUCUCGGUAUCAAGUGGUUCGCCAAGGAGCACCCGGCUGUGCUAACGGGAAUCCUCCAGCGGCGCGACUUUCUCAUCAUGGAGGCGACGGGGCUAACGCAGGAUUCCAAGGGGGAGAAGGUCGGCUACUUUUUGAUGCACUCAGUGGCGCUUCGUGCGGCUCCAGAGCUCUCAGAGCUCAACAUUAUUCGCGGAGAGCUGAGUUUCUGCUUUAUUCUUCGCCAGAGCGGCCACGGUAAAGUGGAUUUGUACUGUCGAGGCUUUACGGACCCUCGUGGGGACAUGAUGGAGCGCGUGUCAGUCGCGAUCGCAGCCGAAGCGCUGAUCUGCGCUGCCGGCGUUGUCGACUAUGCGAACGUCAAGAAGCUUACGUGGCUGAUGAAGCACAAGAGAAAGAGCCAGCAAUGCCAGCCUGGUGAAGAAGCUCGGUCUGGGCGAUGCGAGUCCUGCAGCAAGAGCUUCACCAAGUUUGCGUUCAUCGCGCUUGCGACUGGGGCUGCAACUGCAGGGAAAGGUGCCACCUGCCAGAUCUGCCGUCGAGUGGUGUGUGCCAAGUGCAGCGUAGUCAAGAAAAUGACCGUGGACGUGUCGGAUACUGGAGCAGUAAAGCAGUGUGCCCUCCGAUUCUGUCUAGCUUGUCUCCUUGAAGCGAGAGAAAAGUCUGCUUGGGAGAUGGCGCUGAAUAGCCUCGAGGCUGAACGGGAGUGUUCAUCUACACGCCACACUGCAACUGGAUCGACUCCAGGUACCCCUCGCUCUCAGUUCGGCUCGAUGCCUCGUAGAUCCAAUCACCGACGUGAUGGUCGGACCUACUCGGAGUAUCAACGUGCAGGCACUCGCGUACCGCCAGGGAGCGAUGGUCACAGAUUUCAGGCAAACCGACAAUUUGGAGCAGCCAAAUCUUUGCAAACAGCACAAAACCAGUGGAAAUUCGCGGACAAGUGGCCGAUUCAUGCCUGA